UUCAUCAGUUUGGGCUUGUUGCUUUGGUUGGCCCGUCAGUCAGUCGAAAUUAGAUCACUCCUUGCUCGUGAGUAGGUGGAGCAAAUAAAAAAAAGUCGCUUUGCUGUGACAGAAUAUUGUGUGUCCUGCGUGUGUAUUUAAUCGGAAUUAAUCUUCUUGUGGAAGAAACGACGGCUGCACUAACUGCGCAAAAUGUUUUGAACGCAAAUCUUGAUAACUCUCGGACUAAAAACGAUGAGUAUGCACAAGUAAAAGAUAAGCUACAGCACAGUGAUCGCAUGAACGAACAAAACACGUUGCACCAUCAUCUAUUGCUGCUGCUGACGGCGUGAUUCAACGAUUAAACAGAGACACUCCAGUGCAUUCAGCCAGUGUGCAGUGCACCCCCAAAGGCACUUGCAAAUUUAUUAGUGCACGCGAGACAACCGUUCAGCCAUGACCGGCGGAGGCGCCACGCACAAAACCGACCCCCGGGGUUGCCUGUUCCAGCUGCUGUACUCGCUGGGGUCGUUUGGCCUGGCCUGUGCCAGCCUUUGGGAGCUCAACCCAUCGGACCGGAUCAGCAUCCAGAAGGGGUCGCUGCUGAUCGCGCUCGGCUUCGUGUACUUUGUGGCGCUCACCGAUUUUCUCAACAAGCUGAUUCUGCGCACCAGCAUCGGGCUGAGCUUCGUGAAAAAGUACCGGCUCAGGAUCUCCGACGUGCUGGAUAUCACCAACAAAAUCGUAUCGGCAGUGCAGGCAAUGUUCUCCUGCCUGGCCGGCUUUUUCGUGUGCCGAUGGUCUUGUCCGCGCAACUUCCUGCAAGCGUCACACUUCCUGUCCGAGUCAUACGCCUGGUUCGCGGCCUCGUACUUUUUCUACGAUAUCUGGUCCAUGUACAAGGUGUACGCCGCGGAAGCGUCCAACAAAAUUCUGGCCACGCUCGGACUGGGUGCGACCAAUGCAAACGGGGCGGCGGCUGCGGCCAAACGAAGCAAGGUGGAGGGCGAUAGUGGUGCGGCGGCGGUAGUGAAUGGCGGGGCGGGAGGUGCCUUGGAUGAAAUUCCCAGCAUUAGCAACGGCUCGCUGUCGAUUCUGCUUGCGAGCAAGCUGGGAACGCCGAGCUUUUUGCGCUAUCUGAUCACCCACAAGCUGAUGGUCUUCCACCAUCUGUUCAUCGGUUCGUACGGUUUGAUGGUCAUCUCGUUUCUGCGAGGUGGGCUGGGCGAUUGCGUGUUCAGCUUCAUGUACAUGAUGGAGCUGUCGACUCCGUUUGUAUCAUUCCGAGGCAUUCUGAGCAUCAUGGGGCUGAAGGAAAGCAAAAUGUACGUCAUUAACGGACUGGUUAUGCUUUUUACGUUUUUCUGGUGCCGGGUGUUUCUGAUGCCGUACGUCUGCUACUAUUACAGCCAGGUCGUAAACUUGCCGUUCUUUGAGGCUUUCUGGCGAUUGCCGCGAGGAUGUAAAAUCAGUAUCUUGGCGCUGUUUCUGCCGCAGCUGUACUGGUUCCGACUAAUGUUGAGAGGCGCUAUUAAGGUUUUCGGCAAGAAGAAAUCACCCACCAAUGGCUCGCUGGGCAACGACGCGGCAACCAACGCGAACAACAAUGGCAUCAAGCCAUCCCAAUCCAAAGAUAGAGAGAUAAGAUCGCUGAUGUAAGAGAAAACAAAACAAAAAGUUACUGUAAGCCCUAUUUCAUUCCUUCCGAUUUUUGGGAUUUUCUGUUUUGCUGUCACAUGUUUUAUGUGCUGUGUCUAUAGGGAAUAAUCAUGGUGGCUUCGGUGGUCGUUUGUGUAACAAAAUCUGGAAUUCAUCCCCGAACGACCACCUGUAACGGUAGUGGAGUGUAAACGUUGGUUUUGUCCGGUAGAAUUAGUAUUAUAGUGUUAUUUAGUCCUCAUUAGCUUCCUUUUUGCGUUGACUAGUCAAUACAUAGAUGUUUAAGCACAUUUGCGUGCAGCUACAACCCUUCCAAUGACGCAGGUGUGCCAACAACAAAGUAAAACGAAACAAAAGGCUAUAACUUUGCCGCUAGUCGCUCGCGAGGACGUUCCACUUAAGAGUAAUAAUUUUGAUGAGGCAUUUUCUUUUCUUCUACCUGUCCUUUUCCAUAAUUUUCCUUUACACAGCUAUAUAGAAAUUUUGGGGCAGAAACGCAUUUUAUCUUGCCAAUGCAAAACUAAUACAAUGCAAUAGGUGAUAGAUUUCUUACGCCAACUGAGACAGAGCAGCUUAUAAUCAAACCGAAGACAUUUGUAAUACACAGACACACAAACACGUAGAGCGCAGUAACGAAUCCGAUGUUGCUAGAUUGUUUAAUGUUGAUGUUACAAACCAGAGCACGCUCAGCAGCAUAUAGUUGGCUUUACGGUAUAUUAAAAACGAUGCUAUCUAGGUCAAAAUAAUCCUGAAUAUGAAAAUAUCAAUGUCAAAGGAGCUUUCAUUUUUUAGAAAAUAUACACAUUUACAAGAAUGUUUGGAUAUAUUUUAACCUCCAAGUGUGCAACCAAAGAGACAUUGUACAGAUUGGAUCGAACAAGCUGAACAAAAGAAUAAUCAAAACCCAUCAGUACUAUACACAUUGGUUCUCGUGUUAAACCUUUAACACAGACAAACAGACAUGAAAGUCGAGGUCACUAACUUGUCCCAAAAAUGUAACGGUUAUUUUUCAAAAAUCUAAAAGCAUGGUUAAUACCUUUCGGAUUCACCGCCAGAGGCGCCCUUGUGCUCAUCAACAGGUUUUUCAAAUGACAGCUUUGACCUUUCAUUUUUAUUUUGUUUUUUGUCGACAACACGUGGCUCGAAGUCGUGUUUUGGAGUAGGGUCGAUGGUUCCAUCGAUGCAGUUCUUUAAUAAUCGCUUCAAAAGCGGAACAUGCCACCUACUGCACAGCCACGAUCUUUUCGGCGCGUUUGUUGCCAAGUUUGUGUUGACUUGGUGGAAGACCCCACUCGUCUAUCGGUGGAUAGAAUGGCCAACGCUUUGAAAAAAAAUGACGCUGUUUAUGUCGCGACCAUCAACACUGCAGUAUUCUGGACCAGGUCGUGUCAAAUAAAAUCACGAGUAAACCCAAUGCGUACAGGGAGUUGGCCAUUCUACCCACUGAUAGACGGGUGGGGUCUUCCACCAAGUCAACACAAACGUUGCAACAAACGCGCCGAAAAGAUCGUGGCUGGGCAGUAAAGGGCCUGUUCCACUUUUGCAGCGAUUAUUAAAGAGAGUGCACCGAUGGAACCUCGGAUGGAACCAUCUGCCCAGGCAAACCAGCACUCCGCAUAAAAAAGCGCAGCUUCUUCCACCGGGGCAACAGGUUCUGAAAGCGGCCGGACGGAACCACCUCGUGGUUCUAUUCAUUCCGCGGAAUCAAGUGCAUGGUCUCCGUAAUGAUCGAUCCGGCUCCAAAUCAUGACUUCGAGCUGGGUGGAGUCUUCCACCGCCAACCUACUCCGACCCAACGUUUUUUUAGCUAGGAACCGAUUAAUGACUAAUUCUUCUACUCCUCCUUUACAACCGGCAGGAGAAGAUGUUUUGGCGACUGUUUUGUUGUUGUCAGCUGCACGGCACUCGCUGGCAUUGUGAGACUGUACUUGGCCGGAAGAAAUAAACUGUCCUUUCAGCCUCGAUUUUCUUUUGGUCGUCUGAACAGUGACAUGUGGAAUUUCCGUCGAAACGGAACGUCUUCUUUCUUGUUUCGAAAGCAAACCAUUUUUCUUUAAAAUGCCUUUUCAACGUUUUGUUGUGAUUGCCUUUGAUGCACGCUUUUGGUUAUCUGUCAUGAUUACUCAUACAUACAUACACAUGUCCAGCUGACAUUUGGGAGAGGGAGAUUCUAGGAAUCGUAGAUAGAUGUCGUUAGUGAGCAAACCAAAUUCAAAUUUAAACUGGUCCCACUUUUUGAACAAAAAUUUGUUCUAACUUUCAUGUCUGUUUGUCUGUGCCUUUAAUACAAAUUAAUUUCAAUGCAACUAAGGUAUAGGCAUACACGUUGAUAGAUUCCACCCGAACGCAGUGCGAAUUGAACCCAAACCCAAUCGAUUAUAUACCACAUACUAUUAUUAAUAGUGUUUAACUAACCUGUACACCAAAACACUGCUUUCGCCGUUCAACGCUGUCAAGAGAAACAAAUUUUACCACCUAGCAGCAGCACUGCACUGAAUUUGUGAGUGCAAACAACAACAACAAUAACAAACAAAGAGAUAUAAUCACACCCUUUUUAAAGAAAACAAUAUACAGUGUGUAUUCGUUGUACUAUGCAUGUGAACUACUGGAUUGACCACCGAGGUGCAGAAACAGGAAGAAACCACCAGAGGAAGACUUUGAGGCGGUCGGGUGUGCAGUUGGGAAUGAUUCUCUGAGAAAUAUAGUAUGCAAUCGACAUUUAAUGUUAUCGAUUAGAAAAUGUUUAGAAGAUAGUAUAUUUUUUGGAUAACCUUGUACGUUUAUUGGGCAAACAUUUACAAAAUAAACUCGUGGGGGUAGUGAAUGAAGGAAAGGAAAAACAAUGUCGUAAUGUUGUAAAGAAAUAAAUUUACUUGAAAUGAG